AUGUGCGUGAUCAAAUGGCUCUUGAUCAUGGCAAUGAGGACUGGUCAGACCCACGGAACCACAAUUGAGGAGGUACUCAAUGAUACGAGUCGGCGAAAUAACCUCACUGUCCAAUGGAAGCAUCCCAAACGUCCAGUACUGUGCUACUGGACCGGUCGCCGUACGACCACUCUCCCCGAUGAACCUGUUCCUGCACAGAUAACAAGAUACUGGCUCAAAACGAUGGCCGAGGCUGCUGGAGUUAUUGGCCGAGUGACAACACACGCGAUUCGAAGAGAUGCACUUCGAGAUGUUGCAAUGCUUCCAGCUGACAAACUGAAUGUUACCAACCGCGCAAUCGUUGCGUCUGUUGCGGGUCGUAACAGCCGUUUAUUUCUGAAAUUUCUGAAAGGUGUUACCGAUAGAUACGCUGAAGAGAUUGAAGCCUUGUUCUUCAAUCUGCGUGCCGAGGCUGACAGAGAAGACAAACGUGCGCCUAUAUUCCUUCCAUAUCUUAUUCCACAGAAGAAGAGAUUCAAGACAAGUUCAAUAAAUCAGUAUAUGGAGGCGAACGAGAUGGAUCUGAAUGAUACAAACCAGCGUCAACGUGCCAAAAGAAGAUUGAAACAGAUCCGCGACGAGGAAUUGUCCCUUGAAAGUUCCCGUCAUCGGAAGGCGAGCAAGGAAGAGAACAAUGAUGCGGCUGAGGAUUACGAACCGUCUAGCAGCGCCGAAUCGGAUGUGGAUUAUGGGGACGCCGCAUUCGAUGAAGGGGAGGACAUCAACGCAGAUACCGGGCACGAUGAGAUCACAGAUGCCGAGAUCGACUCUAUCCAGAAUCUUAUCUACGUGGACCGAUCUCAAUAUAAGAAGUCGAUCCGGAGGAAGACGAAAUGA